AUGUUCCCAACUAGCCGAACCCGUGCGCCCACGAUCCGUUCCCAGACCUGCACCCCCUCGAUCCCGUCCCUAAUCCCCCACCCCCUCGAUCGGCGGCUACCCUCCCCGAAUCAGGCCACCACCGUCGCCGCCCUCCCGAAUCGCGCCACCACCACCGCCCUGCCCCACGGCGCGCAGCACCCGGCCUCCCAGCGAGCCGCCGCCCUGCCCCCCGGCGCACCGCCUCCGUUCCUCCCACCGCGCUGCCGCCUUGCCCCACGGCGCCGAGCCGCUCCUCCCUCCACCGCCUGAUCUCCGCCGCCCACCGGACCUGACAAGAGGCUCCACCCUUGGCCACGGAUAGGGGCUGCGGCCUUCUCGGGGCGCCGCCGUGACCUUCCCAAAGGGGCCACCGCGACCUUCCCCAGCUUUGCCCUCCGCUACGGCUGCCGUCGGCGGCCUUCUAUCCAUGCUGGAGCUGCCCCCCCCCCCCCCCCCCCCCCCCCCCCCUGGAUCCGGCCUCGCACAGCCCCCUCGCCUGGAUUUGGUCUCGGCGCCGCCCCACUCCUGGGUCCGGCUGCCGUGCCAACCCCGCACCUGGGUUUGGCCGCCGCAGUGCACUCACCCCACUCCUAGGUCCGACAGUCGCGCCGCCCCCGCGCCUGGGUCCAACCAUCAGCACCCCCUCCCCCUGGCACACAAGCGCCGUCAUCUACCACCAAUCCCCAAGCACACCGCCCAAAGGGCCCACGCCCCAUCCCCCGACACUAUCCUGCCUCGCUGGCGCACCAUGGACGUCUUCCUCUUCUGCCUAGAACUUCUUCGUCCUUGGUGCUUGCGUGCACAUGACAGCCACAUGUGGUGUGAGGAGAAUCCAAUCUAAAAGAAGAACACACUUUCUUCACACGUGUGCACACGCAAGACAGGCACAGAGAAGUUCAGAGCCGCCGACCCCAACAGCGGAACAACAGCUAUGAUCGAGGUGAUUCUUGUGUUAUAACAUAUAUAUGUUCUCAGCAAUCCAGUAAGCUGUUCUUUGCUCUGAACUCUGCAACGUGGCAUAAUACAAUAAUCCUGACCGCUCCUUCUGAAUAACGGAGUAGACUUAUCAGCAGAAAGUCUUGAACAAUAUGACCAUCUCUGCUUCUGAAAACGUUGUUAACUUCACUCCCUAUCCAUCUAGUUAGCACAAAGGUUUUUUGUGCUACAAAAGCAAGGAUGGAGGCCUCGAAGGACCAUCAUUUUCUGUAGCUGGGUGCAGAAGAGUACGGAUUGACAGGAUCAACUGAAUGGGUUGAAGAAAACAGGGAGAUGCUUUCCUCGAGGGGUGUUGCAUAUCUGAAUAUUGAUGUUUCAGAGUCGGUUCAGUUUUACUCCCAUCUACAACUCCCCAACUUGAUGAACUACUAAUGGAAUCAAUUAAAAUGGAAAGAGUACUAACUGAUAGUCAGUUAUUUGGUUUUGGUCAUACAAAAGAGUAGCUGUUGAGUGGUCAACACUCUACAGUGGGUGUGUCAACUUUGAACCACUUGUCUCUGACAAUAUCAUGCUUAUUCUAUUUUUCUUAUUAAUAACAAGAUGGUCAAAAAGUCAAAACAUUCUGUUUUUUCAAUUCAUGAAGGUUCAAGACCCCGACAAUUCAUCUCAGACGGCUUAUGAUUCAUGGGUCAAAUCCAAUGCUUCUCCCAACAUUCAACGACUGGGCAAUGGAGGAUCAGACUAUGCAGCAUUCGUUCAACAUGUUGGCAUUCCAUCCACCAACUUGAUAUUUGGAGAAGGGCCAGGAUAUCCUGUUUACCACUCUUUAUACGAUGAUUUUGUAAGGGUGGAGAAGUUCGCGGACCCUGGGUUCUGUAGGCAUGUCGCAGCUGCUAGCCGCUGCAGCAUCAACGACAACAGCGCGGCGCUCCUGGUGUUUCUCUCCUUCUACUACCUUGCAUGCUACAAUGCCACCGCCUCCUCACUAUACAGAAAGUUUGAGUGAGGAAAAAUUCCAUCUCAUGAACGAACAUGAAGAAGUUCUAAUGUGAUGGUGCUAUUCCCUGUAGUUAUUUGUUUCUCGUGAAUGCAUUUGGUUGUGGCUGAUGGAUCUCUAUCUUAAUAUAUUCUUUGCUUUAUUCUA